UAAUUAAUUUAGCACCUUGCGGCUUGCUCUCUCCCUCCCGUGUGCGUGCGGCGUUGCGUCAUUCGCCCUCACCCCAUCCCGCUUCUGCGCUGCUCGAUUCAGUUCAAGUAACCAACACCAGCACCAGCCACCGGGAAGAAGCAGGGAGCAGUGGGAAAGAAAGGACACCGCAAGAGAAGGGGCUCUGUGGCCGCGCUGCUCGUGGCGGUAAAGAUCCAGCGGCGGCGGCCGAAUCGACAGCCAUGAUGAGGCACAGAGCUCGCUCUUCGCCCAGCUCCCCGCUCACCCCAUCCACCAGCACGAGAGCGAAGAAGAUAUUUGGUUUCUCCGUAUCUCUCAUCCUCAUCAAUCUGGCUUCUAUUAUGGAGCGUGCUGAUGAGAAUCUUCUCCCAGCAGUUUACAAGGAAGUCAGUGUAGCCUUCAACGUUGGUCCCGCCGAUCUGGGAUACCUUAAUUUCCUAAUGAACUUUCUUAAGUCGAUAGCAUCCCCCUUGGCAGGCAUCCUUGCUCUUCACUAUGAUCGGCCAGCGGUGCUUGCAAUAGGAACUGUCUUCUGGGCCUUAUCAACAGGGGCUGUUGGUGUCAGCCAGCAUUUUGGGCAGCUUGCAUUCUGGAGAGCUGUGAACGGCCUUGGACUUGCCAUUGUAAUACCGGCGCUUCAGUCGUUCAUAGCAGAUAGCUACAAAGACGGUACGCGCGGCGCUGGGUUUGGUCUGUUAAGCCUCAUCGGUGCGGUGGGGGGCAUAGGUGGCAGUGUUGUGGCCACACUCAUGGCUGGGAAGGACUACUGGGGGUUGCCUGGGUGGCGUCUUGCGUUUAUUAUAGUUGCACUUCUUAGCUUGAUAAUUGGCAUUCUUGUGUACCUGUAUUCCACUGAUCCGAGAAGAAUCCCUGGCACUCAUCUUCUAGAUGACGACGACUACGAGAGGUUACAUCUGUCCAGCAAAGACGUUCUUCCUCCGCCCUCAAUCUGGAUGGAUUCUUGGGUAGCAACGAGAAGUGUCAUGAAAGUGAAGACAUUUCAGAUCAUUGUGCUGCAGGGGAUAAUCGGCUCGUUGCCCUGGACGGCCAUAGUUUUCUUCACCAUGUGGUUCGAACUCAUCGGUUUUGACAACAGGAGCUCCGCAGCAUUGAACAGCCUAUUCGCCAUCGGGUGCGCCAGUGGAGCUUUCCUCGGCGGCGUGCUAGCGGACCGGCUGUCGCGGCGCUACCCCGAUUCCGCGCGCAUCAUGUGCGCCCAGUUCAGCGCCUUCAUGGGCAUCCCGUUCUCGUGGAUCCUCCUCACGGCCAUCCCUCAGUCCACCGACUACUGGCUCGCCUACGCCGUCACGCUCUUCUUCAUGGGCAUCACCAUCAGCUGGUGCGCCACCUCGGCGAACAACCCCAUGUUCGCCGAGGUGGUCCCUCCCAAGCACCGCACCAUGAUCUACGCCUUCGACCGCGCCUUCGAGGGCUCGUUCGCUUCACUGGCCGCUCCUGCUGUUGGCUUGGUCACCGAGAAGAUAUACGGCUACGACGCCAAGACUGUGAACAUCGCCAACGGAUCGGCGGAAGGAGCGUAUGCGUUGUCAAGGGGACUGCUCACCAUGAUGAUCGUUCCUUUUGGAGUCUGUGUCCUGUUCUACAGCCCUUUGUACCUUGUGUUCAAGCGCGACAGAGACAAUGCCAAGGUCGCCAGCUUCAAGAACCAGGAGCUAACCUGAAGAGAUACCUUGGUUUCCCGACUGCCGAGGAAUCUCAUAUUCAGGCUUCUUUAGGCUGGCAGAUCAGAAAGGUUGGGUUCGUUCUUCAGGUUGAUAGAUUGAUUCGGGCUGCUUGCGACGAGCCACUCGUUUUCUUCUUUUCUUGUGGGGAAACCACUCGUUUUCAAUGGCGAUACAUUCAUCCGAAGAAGAAAAUGCCAAAAUAUUCUUCAGAUUCCACCCAUGCUGAUGUUUUUCUAGUAGCUGCACUACCUGGCCAGCUAAGUUGUAACAGAUUCAGUUUGAGAUGGACAACAACUGAUUACAUAUGGACAAUUUGGGGCGGUAGAAUUUUGAUCGAUUGCACCGGAAA